GGAGACUCCCGCAUUGUACACCACCAGGUUUUAAAAUUAAGAUUUUUUCUCUCGUUAUUACACAGUAAGAUCGUCGUCUGUUUGUUAAUGGAAUAGUAGCCAUGUUGAAGUUCAGAACAGACGUGUGCCCCAAUGAUAGCGGAUCGUCCGAAAAUAGAUGGCGAAAAGUUGUGAUCGCAAUGGAUGGGAGUCAACAAGCCAAGUACGCCCUUAAAUGGUAUAUAAACAAUAUAUACCGGCCGACUGACAGAAUAAUACUGGUACACGCCAUUGAGCCUCAGCUUGCCAAACACCUGACAGAUAGUGACAAAGAGGGAGGCUUAAAGACGGACGAGGAAGAGGGGACACGACUAAAGGCCAAAUUAGACUCCUAUCAACAACUCCUCACUGAGUUCAAGUUGAUGGGAGAGGUGAAGCCAGUCUCUGAUAAGACCCCUGGGAAAGCUAUUAUAUCCGCGAUAGAAGAACUUAACGCCGACGUGUUAGUCACAGGGUCGCGGGGUCAUGGACGGAUUCGGCGGGCAGUACUGGGCAGCGUCAGUGAAUAUCUGCUGCACCGAGCACGCAUACCUGUGGUCAUCUGUAAGGAGAGUUCGUCGGAUGUGUGAUCAGUGGCGUCAAGUCUCAUCGGGAGUGUGAUUAGAGAAUUGUAGUGUCUUACCGAGGUAUUACCGAAUCUGUCGUAACACAAGAGGCCAUCUUGUCAAUCAACACAGUAAUGCCUUUAUUGGUAUUCAGACACAGAAGAGUUCCACAUGGAAUGGCACGGAGCACGGAACGGUGCGGAUACAUGACAUCUCCUCCCUGACUAGUAUCAAAAUUUAUAUGUUUGUUGCCUGACUAUAAACACAUUUUUACACUGUCUUUCUACGACUAUAAAAUUAUAAUGACUCGACUGGUUAACUUUGUCCAUCAUGUCGAUGACUGUUCAUUACGAAAAUGUUUCGAAUGGUAUUAACUCACAUACUAAUAAAGUGAUAAUAUUG